GAGCCCACUAGCCCACAGUGUGGCGCGCGCAUCCGCCGCGGAAGCAGCCAGGCCGACUCCGCGCCGGUCGGAUUUUUCAAAUUUGUGUCUUUGGGCGCCGGGGCGCGCCAGGCUUGCUCUACGCCAGCGUCGCCGGCAUGGGCGUCUGCAGCGUCAUCGGCUGCAAGAGCCGCUCCAGGGAGCGGAGGAUGCCCCACAGGGCCGUCGAGGGCAUCACCUUUCACUCAUUCCCGUCGAAGAACCUGGACCUGCGCGCGCGCUGGUGCAUGGCUGUCCGCGGGCCGGGCUGGGCGCCCUCCAAGUUCUCCAAGGUGUGCAGCAAGCACUUCGAGGAGCGCUGCUUCGACCGCUCGGGGCAGACGUGCAGACUACGCGAGAACGCCAUGCCCACGCAGGAACUCGACCAGGUCCGGACGAGGCUCGCCAUGGCGCUGACCAACACCAAGAUGGAGGUCGUGGAGGCCCCCGGCGUGGACUCGCUGACCGAGAACGGGAUGCAGCUCCAGGACACGCCCUCCUUCGCCAACGUGGUGGCCCAGGCCGUGCUCAACGGCGGGUGCGUUCCACUGCCCGGGCCCCUGCCACCACCACACCGAGGGCAGCGUGCUCUCCCCCGACGAGUGCAACAAGCUCAUGUACGCCCUGGACCUCGGCGAUGGCAGGAAGAUCAAGCUGGUCUACUCCGUCCCCAGGGGGCAGUGCGUCGGGCUGUUCUGAAGGGGGCCGCCGCCACAGGACGAGGAGAGCCUUCGUCGUCGGCGUCAUCGGCGUGGAGAAGAGACUGCACCGUGCUUCGCCACCAAUCUGUGAUACUACCCGACUUUGUUUUGACGUGUGCAUAUACAGUUACAUUAUGCAUGUGAUGCCAUUCCUGGUCCUGAUGAUCAGAACUUUGACUUUCUUGUUUUUCCAUUUUUAUCUGUGUAAGCACUUUGUUUGACGUAGGGUGCAUCGUCACGAAAUGUUUUUGGCUUUACUUCUCGUGAUCGUAGGUAGCUGUUAAGAGUCAUUCAUUCUUAGUCCUUUUAAAUAGGGUAAUAUAGUACAUCCAGUAAUAAAUAAAUAUUUUUG